UUAAAGAUGGCGACGACCAUGGACACAAAAUUUAGUGAAAUGACAAUAGCAAAUUAUGCCGUUUUAUCAAGGUUUUUUGUGACUCUUUUGCAGAUCCUGUUUAAUAACCUGAUACCUGAUCACCAUGCUGAUGCCUUCCACCAAGCGCCACUCCUAAAUCCAAGGUUUGCUGAUCACUGCGUGGAGUUUCUCCUCGGAGGCUUCCGAAAGUGGGACGGGGCUUACUUCCUGCACAUUGCGGAGCAUGGCUACACAACGGAACGCAUGCUGGUGUUUUUCCCGCUGUACCCCGGUCUGAUGCGGUUGCUUGCAGACACGCUCUUCGUCCCUCUCCAGACGAUGAUGUCCCUACGGAGUGUCCUGAUGAUCUCUGGAUGGCUUGUCAGUACCGCAUCGUUCGCCCUGUCGGCAGUCAUCCUGCAUGCUCUCACCAAGAAAGUAUGCAAUGAUCAGCUGAUGGCUCAUACAGCGUGGAUCCUAUACUGCAUCAACCCUGCAACAAUCUUCAUGACCGCUAUGUACACGGAAGCGUCAUUUUCAUUACUCAGCUUCACCGGGAUGCUUUUCUUGGAGAAGAAACGAUACCUGAUAUCAGCAAUCGUCUUUGGUCUGGGAACAUGCAUGCGAUCUAAUGGGAUCGUGGCUGUCGGAUUCGUCGUGUACCACAUGGUUCAGAUAACAAUCUUUGUCAUCGCAAGAACCGGGUUACCCACCAGCUUCUCCACUUUGAAGAAACUAUGCUCUGUCUUUGCCAUGAAUUUAACAAGAAUAGUUUAUUCCACAGUUAUUAUUCUCACUCCCUUUGCCCUUUAUCAAAUCUAUAGCUACCUGCGCAUAUGCAAAGGCGAAACUGCAAUCUCUGUUCAAACAAUUAUGGAAUACUGUCUGAAUCGGGUAUCAAAAAUUGGUAGCAAUGAUACAGUGGACUCUCAAAUGAUGGACAAAUUGGGUCAGGCGCCGCUGUGGUGUCGCAAGUCAUUUGCGCUGCCUUAUUCAGAGCUCCAAGCAGAACACUGGAAUGUUGGUUUGCUGAACUACUAUGAAUUCAAACAACUUCCAAAUUUUAUUCUUGCCCUGCCCAUAAUCAUCCUUAGUCUAUAUGGUGUGUGGGAUUACUGCAACAAGAAUUGGGAUCUUGUGAAAGUGCUUGGGGUGUACCAGCCAAUCAGAAGAGAUGUUAAGAAAACGGAUGACCCAACCGGCCAAUCAGAGGGCUUCUAUAGUUCGGGUGUAUUUGUAUAUCUGGUCCACCAUUUUGUUCUUCUUCUCUUUGGAGUACUUUGUAUGCAUGUACAGGUCAUUACAAGAUUCCUCUUUUCAAGCUCUCCAAUUCCUAUCUGGAUUGCUUCACACAUCAUCCAAUCAGCCCUCCAGCAAGAUGAUACUUCUACACCCUCAAGCAAACAUAAUGGAUCAAUCCAAAAGUUCAGUCCAUUGGACAUCACAUGGAGAAAGCAUUUAGAUAGGAAAGGUCGAUUAUUGAGGGGGUAUUUUCUAGGAUAUUGUGUCAUAGGCGUCGCGUUACAUUGCAACUUCUUACCAUGGACGUGAUGAGUAAAGAAGUUAAAGGGGAAAAUCACCCUGAAGAAAAGUUUGUUGUAAAAAUAGCAGAAAAAAUAUUAGUAUACAAAUAAUGAAUGUUUAUGAGUGCAAUGGACAGAAUACUUAAUGAGUUGAAUGGAUUAUUAUUUCAUCUUUCAUCGAAUGGAGUAUUCUGUUCAUUGCACGAAUGAAAAAACAUUCCUUUAUUUGGUUUAUAUGACACCUAAAAAAUGAUUUUUUUUUCAUAUGAAAUUCAUGAAUUUCGAUGCAAAACAUGCUCAUGCAGUGCGAGUUCGGUCUGUUGAUAGUUAUGUCAUUACAACAUGCGCACUGCUGGUGCAUGAGCUGCAGUCUUUGUGAGCGAGUGCAAUGGACAAAAUCAUAUGGUUCCAAAAUUGCACAAUGAAUAGAUCUAAAAUUGCAUGGUUGAUGACAUCAUUGCAAAAAAAAUAUUAUUGCAGGUUUG